AUGCAUUUCUCCUCCGUUGUCGUCCAAACUCUGUUGGCCAUUGGUGUCACUGUAGCUAGAAACGAGAAAUUCCGUCGUGGGGUCAAGCCCAACGGCCCUAUUGACCCAGGUAUCACAUCGAAAUGCACGUAUUAUGAUGAAUGGAUGGAUAACGGAUACACCAAUUGUCAAAAAUGGCUUAUGGACUGGGCUAUUACGGAGCAGAAGUUCUCGGAGUAUAAUCCAACUGUUGAUGAUGACUGCUCCGGUAUCAAGGUUGGCCACUCGUACUGUGUCGAGAUCAACCACGGCCUACCUGAAGAGCCAGAUAAGCCCGAGGUUACCUCAACUGAUAUCUCUGGAUCCGAGACCAAGGAUACCAAGGAACCGCACAUACUCACCCAAGAAGGACUGAUUGAGAGCUGCGUUGACCUUCAUAAAGCCUCAGAGGCCGAUACAUGCGACCAGAUUGUCUCCAGCUUCGGCACAUUCGACUUCGACACUUUUUUUCACAUGGAAUCCAGCUGUUCCAAGAACCCUACAGUUCUACAGAAAGGACUCAUCAAGGGCUGUGCUUUGUUCCACCAAGCUGGGAAGGGUGACACUUGUGCCAAGAUCGUUUCUAACCUUGAGCUACUUAACAUGAAUAAGUAA